AUGAAAUCCGUGGACUGUGUGCACGUCAUCCAACAGAAGGAUACCGCCUCCUCUCCCUCUGCCCCCCCUGGUGCUGCUUCAGGCACCACGGGACUUUUUUCUGUCACAUACCUGUGGCUUGCAAUGCUCCUGUCCUCUUGUCUUGCAGCAGUGUCUUUUUACCAUGUUAUCAUCCUGAAAACAGAACUAGAAGCUCUGCGCAACGAGCUGAUCAACAGGGUCCAGGCAAGGUCUCCGCUAGACCGGCCACCCGUGUCCCCCGAUGAAAAUAAAGCGGGUACCCCUGUUUCUUCCUUCCUGCAAGUGUCUGCAGCUGGCGCCAGGCAGGCGAACAGGCUUCCUGGUCCUGGCCCAGCUGAAAGCUUCCAAAAGGAAAUCUGGAACGGGAGCAGAAACAGGGGGAGAAGGUCUGUUGUCCACACAGAAGAAACAGUGCUGCAGGCCUGCUUGCAACUGAUCGCUGACAGCAAAAGUGAUAUCCAACAGAAAGAUGAUUCAAGCAUUGUCCCUUGGCUUCUGAGCUUUAAACGUGGAACAGCUCUGGAAGAACAAGGAAAUAAAAUAGUGAUCAAAGAAACAGGAUAUUUUUUCAUAUAUGGCCAGGUUUUAUAUACGGAUACAACAUUUGCUAUGGGACACCUAAUACAGAGGAAGAAGGCCCACGUGUUUGGUGAUGAUCUCAGCUUGGUGACAUUGUUUCGUUGCAUCCAAAAUAUGCCACAGUCUUAUCCGAAUAAUUCUUGCUAUACUGCUGGCAUUGCAAAAUUAGAAGAAGGGGAUGAACUUCAACUUACAAUACCACGGAGAAAGGCCAAAAUAUCCUUGGAUGGAGAUGGUACUUUUUUUGGUGCAGUUAGACUCCUCUGA